GUGUGUGUGUGUGUGUGUGUGUAGGGGAGGACGUGCUUUCCCUCCUAUCAACCCACUGCUGAACUCUCCCUGCGUGGGGCGGCGGGGGCUGCGGGUGGGAACGCAGCACCCCCACCUCCGGCUCCUCUAACCGCGGGGGAGCGGCGGAGGUGCCCGUUCCUCCACGAACACCUCGCCCUGGCCUCCAGGGAGCCCCGCACCCCUCUCACGGGCCGGUCCCGGGGCUCUGGCAGCGCCCGGGCGGCGCCGUUUGAGCCUCCGCGCUGCCCGUAGCCGGGCCGCCGCAGCCCUAAGAUGGCGGCGGCGCUGCGUGGGGGGGCGGGAGGUUGCCGGGACGCCCGCGGAGGACUUCAGUGAUUCUGGACCACUGUUACUGCAAUGAUAUUACAGAAGACAGCUGUUGCAUUGUAUUUGUUGGAUGAAACCCAAAUAUUUUCUUUCAGUCAAGUGGGUAAAACCCCCUAACUGCAGUUUACAUGUGUAGGUCACUGCGUUACUGUGUUAGUCAUUGUCUCUAUGCAGCAAUGACAAGGCUAGAAGAAGCAAACAGAGAAGUGAACAUGCAUUCAUCGGUCAGAUAUCUGGGCUAUCUUGCCAGAAUCAACUUACUGGUUGCCAUUUGCAUGGGCCUUUAUGUCAGAUGGGAAAAAACUGCAGAUGCACUGAUUUUGGUAAUAUUUAUUCUGGGACUCUUUGUUCUUGGAAUUGCCAGCAUACUCUACUACUAUUUUUCAAUGGAAACAGCAAGUUUGAGUCUCUCCAAUCUUUGGUUUGGCUUUUUGCUGGGCCUUCUCUGUUUUCUUAAUAAUUCUGCCUUCAAGAAUGAUGUGAAAGAAGAAGCAACUAAAUAUCUGCUCCUUUCCGCCAUUGUUUUAAGGGUAUUGUGUGCUUUGGUUGAGAGGAUUUGUGGUUGUAUCCAUCAUCGACCGACUCUGCUGACAACAGUUGAGUUUUUGGAGCUCGUUGGGUUUGCAAUUGCCAGCACAACUAUGCUGGUGGAAGAAUCUAUGAGUAUCAUUCUCUUGGUUAUGGCUUUGGCCGUGUUAAUUAUUGACUUACGUAUGAAGUCUUUUUUGGCAAUUCCAAAUUUGGCAAUUUUUGGAGCCAUUGCAUCCUUGCUUUUUUUUCCAUCACUGCACAUUCCCACAAACCCAUUUGCCUUGGCCUGUUUCUUCAGCUGCCUGAUUUCAGAUCCCCUUCUCGACGUUUACUUCAGUGGACUUUCUGUUACUGAACGAUGGAAGCCUUACCUGUACCGUGGGAAGAUUUGCAGAAGGCUUUCUGUCAUCUCAGUUGGAGUCAUUGAACUGAUCUUUUUCAUCCUUGCCGCCUUUAAGCUACGUGAUUUGGAUCUCUGGUAUUUUGUGAUACCUGGUUUUUCUAUUUUUGGAAUUUUUUGGAUGAUCUGUCAUGUGAUUUUUUUUAUAACUCUUUGGGGAUUUCACACAAAACUAAAUGACUGUCACAAGAUAUACUAUACCCACCGUGCAGAAAACAACAGCCUUGACAGAGUUAUGGCGUCCAAAGGAAUGCGUCACUUCUGUUUAAUUUCAGAACAGCUAGUGUUUUUCAGCCUUGUCGCAACUGCUGUUUUGGGGGCCGUUUCUUGGCAGCCAACCAAUGGGAUCUUCAUGAGCGCAUUUCUCAUUGUUUUGCCUCUGGAAUCCAUGGCUCACGGGCUUUUUCAUGAAUUGGGAAACUGCCUGGGAGGAACGUGUGUUGGGUAUGCUGUUGUGAUUCCCACCAACUUUUGCAGUCCUGAUGGCCAGCCAACUCUUCUUCCACCUGAUCAUGUGCAAGAGUUAAACCUGAGGUCUACAGGCAUGCUUAAUGCCAUCCAAAGAUUUUUUGCAUACCACAUGAUUGAGACAUACGGCUGUGACUACUCUACGAGUGGACUGUCCUUCGAUACCCUUCACUCCAAGAUCAAGUCUUUUCUUGAACUUCGGACUGCAGAUGGACCCAGACAUGAUACCUAUAUUUUAUAUUACAGUGGUCACUCACAUGGCACUGGUGAAUGGGCACUAGCAGGUGGCGAUGCUUUACGACUUGACACACUUUUGGAGUGGUGGAGAGAAAAGAACGGCACUUUUUGUUCCCGACUCAUCAUUGUUCUAGACUGUGAGAACUCUCAGCCUUGGGUUAAAGAAGUAAGGAAAGUAAACGACCAGUACAUCGCAGUGCAAGGAGCAGAAAUGGCCAAGGUUGUAGACGUUGAGGAAGCAGACCCUCCACAGCUUGGCGACUUCACCAGGCAAUGGGUUGAGUACAACUGUAACCCUGACAGCAACAUCAGCUGGUCUGAAAAGGGUCGUACAGUGAAAGCAGUGUAUGGUGUGUCAAAACACUGGAGUGACUACACUUUGCAUUUGCCAACGGGAAGCGAUAUUGCCAAACACUGGAUGAUUUAUUUCCCGCGUAUUACCUAUCCAUUAGUGCAUUUGGCAAACUGGUUUUGUGGUCUCAAUAUGUUUUGGGUCUGUAAAGCGUGUUUCAGGUGCCUGAAAAGAUUGAAAAUGAGUUGGUUUCUUCCCACAGUGCUGGACACAGGACAGGGUUUCAAACUCGUCAAAUCCUAAUUAGGAACCAAAGAGGAAAUGAAGUGAGAGCUCUGGGAACUUUCUCACUUUAAAGCAUUUGCAACUUUUUGUAUGACUAUUUUCUCUGAAUAAAUCUGCUACACUCACUUUGUUCAGCUCUUUGAGCAGCUAAAGUAUAUGCAACAGUUAGAAACUCCAGUCUUAAACAGAAGAGGCUAGGACUAUAAUAUUUGCGUUUUGUUACUGGACUGUAUGUACAUAUGUAAGAGACUUACUAUGACCAUGCAUUUUGGCGACAGUUGCAUGUUCAUAUGUGUUACUUCAAGCAGCCUUUGUUCAGAAUCACCAGUGUGACAGACAGGAGCUCCUAUGAAUAUUAGAGCAUGCUUAUUUGUCAUUUAUAUCCCCUAUAAGGUUCAAAUACGGGAAGGGAAACAAGCUAAUCUUGAAAUCAAUAUUUAUGUCCUUGAAAUUGUUUGGUGGGAUCAAGGCUAUUAUAAAAUAGCACUGAGGCAAAAAUUAAAAGAGAAGAAUGAAUAGUCAUUGUAGAUAAGUAGCUACCAGGAAUCUUGUUUUAUUUGCUUUUGCAUCUUCAGCUCUUGCCUCGUUCUCUACUUCCAUCAGUGGAAAUUUGCCACAGAAAACAAGGAAAUCAGACAAUAUUGUAAUGUUCUGAUGGAGUUAAAAGUGCACUGAGAGUUUUUUUCCUCACUGGUCAGGGUGGUUCUGUCUUUUUCAGGCUCUUAUCUGUUUGUAUUUUUGAAAAGCUACUCUGAAGUGAAAAACAGCAACAACAAAAAAACAAGGAAUUUAAGUAAGAAACUAGUCUAUUGAUAAAAAAUAAGAAAUGCAAAUGCUGCUUUGCUUCCACAUUUAUCUGAAGUCUUUGCUGUGCCUAAGACCUCAGUCCUGUAAAAUGUUGAGUCUGGGAUUAGACAGAUGGGUUCACCUCCAAAAGUAUUAAAUCUAUGAGCAAGCAGUUUGUCAGAAAAAUUAUUCCCAUAAGCCAGCACUGAAUCCUAAAUGUUCUUCAACUCUGUUCUCCCAGCCACAAGGUCCUGGUCUUAGUCCUUCAGUUACAGAGUUGGACGGGACUCUGGAAAUCUUGUCUUGGUACUCUUCAGUCAGAGAAGCUGUGUAGCUUUUUUUGUCUUGUUUGCCCAAAUACUGUAAGUCAGAAGCUAAAUAACUAAGCCGCCAAGGUAGUACGCUUUGUGGUGUUGCACACGUGUACAAUCCAAACAUUUGAAAAAUCAAGAAAUUAGUCCUUUUUAUUUUUGAAAAAGUUUAGAACAUCAAUCAUAACACUUCUUGCUAGCUACAACGGGUACAUCUUGCUCUCUUGCUUCUACUGUUACAUCUUUAUGAACGUUGCCUGUAUCUUUGUACGACAAGAGGAACUGAAAAGCGUGGGAUUUCUGACCUAUGCUGGGAACUGUAAGUAGACUAAAGUGAAAAUCUGCUCUGCAGUGUUGUGAUACACAGUUUUGUACAGAACAAACACAACAUUUGGUGCUGAACUUUUGCCUCAGUUUAUUAAAUGGUUUCCAGCAUAUUUAUUAAACUGUUAGGUUUUUCUGUAGGAUAGACUGUGUGAUCUUUAGCAGUUUGUUAAAAAUUAAAUGAAGAGUCAGCUCUUCAAUCUGCAAAAA